CGGACAGCGACGGUGCUAGCGCCACGAUAUAAUUAAUAAUAAUGAAUUGCGCUAAACUGCAUUUGCAAGAAAGAAUUCGAUCUAGACCAAAAUCUGAACCACGACACGACAAGCCUAGGAGGUAUUGCCAAAAACGUUUAGUGGAUCCACAAUUUGAAGAAAACAAUAGAUGGACAUAUGAAGCCGAAAGAUGUCAUGGUACUGAAUACGAGAAGAGCAACGUCAAUCGAAUUAUGCCCAGUGUAAAUCAUCACGAUGUAAGCGAUAUGUUUCUAACAGUACAAACCUUACAAUUCAAAGGUGAAUCACAGCAGAGUAAAAGACAGCGUACAAGUUUUAAAUAUAAAACAUUAAACAGUGGACAAAAACACAGAAUGUUUGUAAAGCAAGUUAUUGAUAGAAAUAUGGGAAACUAUAACGUUGAUGCGGCGUCUGAACUCACGUCCUAUUACCUCGAUUAUUCCAAAUACUUCAGUAAUAAUGCCCGUUCAAGGUCAUCUUCAGCUGAGUCUAGCGUAUCAAAUCAAAAUUUCGAUAAAAAUCUUAAGCGAAAUAAAUCAAUACAAGUCGAUUCCAAUACAUUCGAAGAAAUAAAACAAGAUAAAACAAGUAGUAAGUUAGAGGAAGAAUUGAAUAAUAAUUCGGAACUUAACAACAAAACGCAGAAAAAUGAAGAUGUAAUUAAUAAUACUAAGGAAGAUAAUCCAAAAAUAGCAUUUCAUAAAAAUGGAAAAAGGAAAAGCAUUACAAUAUCAAAAUCUGAAAGUCCUGAAACAGUUCAAGUUAUAAGAGUCGACUUAGUUUGUAACUAUAGUUCUAACUCAAAUACCGAAGACUAUAAUAAACAGAACAACAGAAAUCAAAUACAUUUACUAGACACAAGAAGUGACGAUGAUAAUAUAAGAAGGAAACACUAUAAUAGUAAAUAUUUGUUAACUAAAUCCGUGAAAGCUCUAGAUGAAAACGUCUCAGGCGUUUUUGAAUUAAAUGACAUUGUUACCUUUGUCGAAAAGCAAUGGGGUACCUGCGAACAAAUCUGGCGACCCUCUGGCGCCACCCUUAUUGUUAACAAGGGCUUCUCAAACUUUUAUAAACAUUAA